CCCGGGGACGCGGAGAGGCGCCGCCGGGCCCGGGGCCUGGACCGCACGGGUGCCCGCCCUCUCCCACCGCCGCUCCCACCGCCCGGCCGCGGGCUGGAUGUAGCCGGGCGCCCCGCGGGGGCUGCAGCAGCAAGAUGGCGGAUCUGUCGCUGCUCGAGGAGGACCUGCCGGAGGAGAUCGACGGAUUUGGUGUGGAUGACUACAGCUCAGAGUCUGAUGUGAUUAUUAUACCUUCAGCCCUGGACUUUGUCUCACAAGAUGAGAUGUUGACGCCUUUGGGAAGAUUGGACAAGUACGCUGCAAGUGAGAACAUAUUUAACAGGCAAAUGGUGGCUCGAAGUUUGCUGGACACUUUGAAGGAAGUCAGUGAUGAUGAGAGAGAUUGUAUUGCUGUGUUGGAGAGAAUCAGCAGAUUAGCUGAUGAUUCAGAGCCAACAGUGCGGGCAGAACUGAUGGAGCAGGUGCCUCAUAUUGCCAUGUUCUGUCAAGAAAACAGACCUUCAAUCCCUUAUGCUUUUUCCAAAUACCUGCUACCGAUUGUGGUGCGAUACCUCGCCGACCAGAAUAACCAGGUCAGAAAGACAAGCCAGGCAGCGUUGUUAGUGCUGUUGGAGCAAGAACUCAUUGAGAGAUACGAUGUGGAGACCAAAGUGUGCCCUGUGCUGAUAGAUCUGACAGCUCCAGACAGCAAUGACGAUGUGAAGACAGAAGCUGUGGCUAUUAUGUGCAAAAUGGCCUCCAUGGUUGGGAAGGACAUCACGGAAAGACUUGUGCUUCCCAGGUUCUGUGAGAUGUGCUGUGACUGCAGGAUGUUUCAUGUUCGUAAGGUAUGUGCAGCCAAUUUUGGAGAUAUCUGCAGUGUGGUUGGACAGCAAGCCACUGAAGAAAUGCUGCUGCCAAGGUUUUUCCAGCUCUGCUCUGAUAAUGUGUGGGGAGUUAGGAAAGCCUGUGCUGAGUGCUUCAUGGCAGUUUCUUGUGCAACAUCACAGGAAGUCCGGAGGACAAAAUUGUCAACCCUUUUUAUUAAUUUGAUUAGUGAUCCUUCACGAUGGGUUCGCCAAGCAGCUUUUCAGUCUCUGGGGCCUUUCAUAUCAACUUUUGCUAAUCCAUCCAGCAGUGGCCAGUACUUUAAAGAAGAAGAUGGUAAAAACCCAGAAGAUUGUGAUUCUGCACAGGAAAAUAGCAGUGAGCAAGUCAGGACCACAGAAGAUGGCACAACAGAUGAAGAGCACAACAGGACAGAGGAUCUGUCUUCACAUUGUGAUGAUAAUGAUGAUUUUGCAACAAAACUUGAAAAUGUCGUAGAAGAUCAAAAUACAGUGUCAAAUAACUCCAAGAGGGAAAGUGAUUUCCAGACUGAAUCAUCCUUCCAUUGCACUUUGCCUUCAGAAUCUUGUGGGGAAAUGGCAGAUGAGAACGAGCAAAGUUCUCAUUGCUGUACAACAGCUGUGCAGGAGGCUGGGCUGAAUUCACAGGAAACCUCUCUUUCAGAGCAGGAAUUAUACAACUCUUUCCAUUUCUGGAGGACUCCACUUCCUGAAAUAGAUAUUGACUUUGAGCUUCAGCAGACUUCUGAUAUAAAACUCGAUAGAGAAAUUCAGGAACUCACUAUGCCAGUGUCUCCAAGCAUUCCUAUGGCAACAAGGAAAGAAUUAGAAGAAAUGAUAGAAAAUUUGGAACCCCAUAUAGAUGAUCCAGAUGUUAAAGGGCAGGCAGAGGAAAUCAGGACAGGUGUUGUCUCCAUCCUGUUAAAGCCCCUAAGCAAGGGCAGUCCAGCACAAGUGGAGGUGUUGUCUGCUGCACUCAGAGCAUCCAGUUUGCAUCCUCAAGAAGAGACAAUGGCCAGUGUUGGCAAGGGAACAGAUUCACAGACUGAACUAACCAUCAAUGACCAACAAAGUUUUAAACCUAUACUGAGUGAUAUUGUGCCUUUAAUUCGUGACACUGUUGAGGGUAUGGAUUCUCCACUUCACUAUAUUCAUAAUGAUUCAGAUUUGAGUACCAACAGUAGUUUCAGCCCUGAAGAAGAAAGAAAAUCCAAAGUACAGGAUGUUGUCCCUCAAGCCUUGCUGGAUCAGUACCUGUCCAUGACUGAUCCGUCCCGCGCACAAACAGUGGACACCGAGAUUGCCAAGCACUGCGCCUACAGCCUGCCCGGCGUGGCUCUGACCCUGGGCAGGCAGAACUGGCACUGCCUGAAGGACACCUACGAGACUCUGGCCUCUGACAUGCAGUGGAAGGUUCGGCGGACACUGGCAUUUUCCAUACAUGAGCUUGCUGUCAUCCUUGGAGACCAGCUUACAGCUGGAGAUUUGGUUCCUGUCUUCAAUGGCUUUUUGAAGGACCUAGAUGAAGUGAGGAUAGGUGUGCUUAAGCACUUGCAUGACUUCCUGAAGCUUCUUCAUGUUGACAAAAGACGAGAGUAUCUUUAUCAGCUUCAGGAAUUCCUGGUGACUGAUAACAGCAGGAACUGGCGUUUCCGUGCUGAGCUGGCUGAGCAGCUGAUUUUGCUCCUGGACCUGUACAGUGCCAGGGACAUCUAUGACUACCUGCGGCCCAUUGCGUUCAACCUCUGUGCAGACAAAGUGUCCUCUGUCCGCUGGAUUUCCUACAAGCUGGUUAGUGAAAUGGUAAAAAAGCUGUACAUGGCUUCAACACCAACUUUUGUGAUAGACCUCAUGAAUGAACUUGUUGAAAAGUUCUGUAGAUGCCACAAAUGGUCUGGUCGGCAGACUUUUGUCUUUAUUUGCCAGAGUAUCAGUGAAGAUGACUGCCUGCCCAUGGACCAGUUUGCUGUGCAUCUGUUGCCACACUUACUACACUUGGCAUCUGACAAGGUUCCAAAUGUUCGAGUCCUGCUCGCAAAAACAUUGAAGCAAACCCUUUUGGAGAAAGAGUAUUUCCUGAAUUCUGCCAACUCUCACCAAGAAGCUGUGGAACAAACAAUUAUGGCUCUUCAAAUGGAUGUUGACAGUGAUGUCAAGUACUUUGCAAGCAUCCACCCUGCCAGUACCAAAAUUGCAGAUGAUGCCAUGAGCACUGCUUCAUCAACUUACUAAGUUCCCAAUGUUGCUAUAAUUAAAAAAAAAAAUUAAACCAACUAUCCUCAAAUGCUUCUAAAAUGGUUGAUUUAGAGCAACCUCUUUGGAAGGAGGGAUUUCUUGCCAGAUUUAACAGGUGGAUGUUAUCUAAACCUGAUAACCAGGGAUUUUAAGUCAAGGCAAAGUAAAGAUACCUGUGUCAGCUUGACUUUAGAAAAACACUGCUCAGAGGAUUAUUUUUGCCACCGAAGCCUUAAAUCUUCUGUCUUCCUGAACAAAUGAAACUUGAAUUGGCAGAUCAUUUUCAUUGUAGAAAGGAUGUGAUGAUUUCCAGAGACCUGCAUUGUUUCUCCUGAGGAGUUAACUUAGCAAGUAUUUUCUGUAGCAGCUGAUGGGCAGGAUGGCCAGAGAGGCGAGUUUGUACAGGGACUGAGACCUCCAGUAUUAGAGCUAAAGUUUUUAUCAGUCAAGGACUUGAUUUGUGUGCAGUUGGGCACACCCUUAAGUGGGAAUAGCUUUGAUGUUUGUAAAUGGGAAAAGUAGAACUUUGGAUUUCUCUUAAGGGCUCAGUGCUAACACUAAACUAGAAUCUGAUUUUAAUCCUUAAAUGCAGCAUAUUGCUGUAUCCAUUAGCAGAAAACUUUGCUGAGUACCUGUGUCCUAAUUAUUUUCAUGCUGGUCAUGACCUAAAGGAAAUUUAUUAGCACAUGUACUUUAAGUCAGGUAUUUUUAACUUGAUCAUGAUCAGCUCUGAAGGUGCAACUUUUUUCUUCAUAUACUGUACAUAUCUGUGAGCCUCCUUGGAGUGCUGCAGUCUAAUCAUGUUGUUUAAAAGCUGUUGUGAUACAAGUUGUUCUCUACUUGUCCAAAUAAAAUUUAUUAAUAAGAUGGAAAGAAAUCUUGUGACCUUUUUAAGACAUUAAAAAAAUAAGUUUGAAAUUUAA